CAACGCCAUCACGUUUGCGUAUAACCUAAAAUCUGUGUUUUAUCAAAUAAUAUCAUAUACAUAUUUGAUUUUAAUCGUAAAUUAUAUAUUGCGAUAUUGUAACAAUAAAUCAAUAGUGAUAAUAAAUUAUUUAACGAAAAAUGCCACAAAAACCUGCAAUGAAGGCAAAACGCAGCAGCAAAAGGGAGCAGAAUGUACCAGUUUCGCGCGUUCCUCCUAAGACAGCUGUAGAUGCGAAUAAUGCAAGUGGUUUGAAUCCAGAAGUGCAGGAUCGAUUCGAAUUGGAAUUAUGUUGGUGUAUACAACAGCUGGAAACGAGUUUGGCUAGUGGCAAGUUGCAAGACAAGCAGGCACAGGAUCUCAAUAAACAUUUACAUUCAUUAAAGGGCAAUACUGCACCGUUAAUAAAAAAGAGACAAAUAAUGAGAAAUACAUUGGGAGACUAUAGAAAGAAGAUGGCAGAGGAUGAACAAAAGUUUAGUAAAACUGUAUCAGAUGUUAAGUUCACAAAUUCUACCUCAGCAAGUAAAAAAUCAAUAUUUAUUAAGAAAGCUGCUCAAUAUAAUACACAAAAUUCUAAAAGAGAAACAGAUGAUCAUAAAAGACAAGAUGUGUCAGUCAAUACAAAACAUGCUAUUAUUGAUAGUAAUAGAACUCAAACCUCAUUUCAGUUUAAUUUUCAGACAUGUCAAUAAAAGCUCUUUUUAUAUUUGUA